CUUAACUUUUCAAAUAAAGGUCAUACAGGUUACUUACGUCAAAUUUGUAAUAAGUCGACCUCUGGCUUAGCCGGUUUCUUGCAGUUCCCUAAAAAAUCCACUAUAAAAAUGGCCGCAAAAUACAAAAUUGUCAUGAUUCGCCACGGCGAGUCUGAAUGGAACCAGAAGAAUCUCUUUUGCGGUUGGUUCGACGCUGACCUGAGCGACAAAGGUCGCGAGGAGGCUGCCUCUGCCGGGAAGGCUCUUAAGUCGGAGGGCUACCAGUUCGACGUAGCGCACACUUCCGUGUUAAAACGCGCUCAAAUCACCCUUAACACGAUUCUGCAGGAGAUCGGCCAGACCGAUAUUCCCAUUAACAAGACCUGGCGCUUGAACGAGAGGCACUACGGUGGUCUCACUGGUCUGAACAAGGCUGAAACUGCUGCCAAAUAUGGAGAGGCACAGGUCCAAAUAUGGCGUCGUAGCUUUGACGUACCCCCACCAGCGAUGGAGAAAGACCACCCCUACUAUGAAACCAUUGUCAAUGACCCCCGGUAUGCUGGUGACCCGAAACCUGAAGAGUUCCCCAUGUUUGAGAGUUUGAAACUCACUAUUGAGAGGACCCUGCCUUACUGGAAUAAUGUUAUUGUUCCUCAGAUCAAAGAAGGCAAAAGAAUCAUUAUUGCUGCCCACGGAAACAGUCUUAGAGGCAUUGUCAAGCAUUUAGAUGGUCUGAGCGAUGCUGCCAUUAUGCAACUGAACCUGCCCACCGGUAUUCCAUUUGUGUAUGAAUUGGACGAGAACAUGAAGCCCGUUGACUCCAUGGUCUUCCUUGGUGACGAGGAAACCGUGAAGAAGGCUAUGGAAGCCGUUGCCGCUCAGGGCAAGGCCAAGUAAAGCGUUAUCAGUGUUAUUUAUUAUUUAACAACAUGUUUAUGAUAAGAUUAUAGUUUUUAUUUUACGCAUGAGGCGACUAAUUUAAUAGUGCGGUAAAUAUGUGAUAAUUUGGAAGUGUAAUACAGCUUAGUUGUGAGGGACUUAUCUCAUUAAACAGAAUUUGUUAUUGACAGGUUGAAUGGGCACGAAAAAGGUUUUUUUGCUUAUUAUUUAUUUUACAUACUAAAUUACAUCUCACUAUUGAUACAAAAGGAAAAUGUAAAACAUAAUACAGUUACCAAUUUAUAAAAUAAAACUACAGGAAUAUGU